AGUGUUGGUGUGAAGAUGGCGGCGUACAGUCGCUCAUCUCAGCGGUUCCUGCUGCUCGUGUCAUCGGUGUGUCUUUACUCCACAGGCUCCAUCCACACCCUGAAGGCUGUCAGUAGUCCUGCUGAGCCUCAGAACCCCCCAGGCCUCAGAACUGCUGAAUCCGCAGCCAAGGAUGCACCUGCCGCUGCUGCGGCUCCUGCCGCUGCUGCGGUGCAAAGGGGAGGAGCCUCAAGGAGCGACCGGAUGGAAGCUCCUGCCGCUCCUGCCGCUCCCGCCGCUCCUGCCGCUGCGGCCUCACAGAUUCGAGGAGCGAGUGGCUGGAAGCUGUCGGAGGAGGAGGCCUGUCAGGAGGACCUGACCCGCCUCUGCCCCAAACACACCUGGACAAACAACCUGGCCGUGCUGGAGUGUCUGCAGGACCGCAGAGAGGACACAGACAUUGCUCCUGACUGUAACCAUCUGCUGUGGAAUUAUAAACUCAAUCUGACCUUAGAUCCAAAGUUUGAGUCUGUGGCCAUGGAUGUCUGCAAGAGCACCAUUGCUGAGAUAAAGGAGUGUAAAGAGGAGGAGCAUGGCAGGGGGUACCUGGUGUCCUGUCUGGUGGAUCACCGUGGCAACAUAAGUGAGUACCAGUGUAACCAGUAUAUCACCAAGAUGACCAGUAUCAUCUUUAGUGACUACAGGCUGAUCUGUGGCUUCAUGGACAAAUGUAAAGAAGACAUCAACACACUGCGCUGUGGCAGCAUCAGUGUGGGGCACAAGGACGUCCACUCUCAGGGGGAGGUGAUCGCAUGUCUGGAGAAGGCGCUGGUGAGGGAGGCGGAGCAGCAGGACCAGGUCCAUCCAAUCACAGACCAGUGUCAGACGGCCAUCCUGCGGGUGGCGGAGCUGUCGUCAGAUGACUUCCACCUGGACAGACACCUCUACUUCUCCUGCAGAGACGACCGCGAGAGGUUCUGUCACAAUACUCAGGCAGGAGAAGGAAAAGUCUACAAGUGUCUGUUCAAUCAUAAGUUUGAGGAGUCCAUGUCAGAAAAGUGUCAUGAGGCUCUAACUACCCGUCAGAAGCUGAUCUCUCAGGACUACAGGGUCAGUUACUCUCUGGCUAAAACCUGUAAGGGUGACCUGAAGAAGCAGCGCUGCAGCGUGGACGCCAGCCUCCCACGAGCCAGAGAGGCGCGGCUGUCCUACCUUCUGCUGUGUCUGGAAGCCGCCGUGCACCGAGGUCGCUCCGUCAGCGGGGAGUGUCAGGGCGAGAUGUUGGACUACAGACGGAUGCUGAUGGACGAUUUCUCUCUGAGUCCGGAGAUCGUGCUGCACUGUCGGACGGAGAUCGACGCCCACUGCUCCGGUCUGCACCGAAAAGGCCGGACGCUGCACUGCCUGAUGAGGAUCGGCCGAGGCGAUCGCAGCCCCAUCGUGGACGGUGUCUGUCAGAGCGCCCUGCAGACUCUGAUCCAGUCUGCCGACCCUGGUGCUGACUACCGCAUUGACAGAGCGCUCAAUGAAGCCUGCGAGUCCGUCAUCCAGACCGCCUGUAAACACAUUCGCACUGGUGACCCAAUGAUCCUGUCAUGUCUGAUGGAGCAUCUGUACACAGAGAAGAUGGUGGAAGACUGUGAGCACAGACUGCUGGAACUGCAGUAUUUUAUAUCCAGAGACUGGAAGCUGGAUCCUCUGUUGUUUAAGAAGUGUCAGGGUGACGCUGCUCGGCUCUGUCAUGCACACGGCUGGAAUGAGAGCAGUGAGCUGAUGCCGCCGGGUGCCGUGUUCUCGUGUCUGUACCGCCACGCCUACCGCACCGAGGCCCAGGGACGACGGUUAUCUCGCGACUGUAAGGUGGAGGUGCAGAGGAUCCUCCAUCAGAGGGCGCUAGAGGUGAAGCUGGACCCUGAGCUGCAGAAACUCUGCAUAACGGACCUCGGAAAGUGGUGCAGCGAAAAGACAGAUGCUGGACAGGAGCUGGAGUGUCUGCAGGAUCACCUGGAGGACCUGGUUUCUGGCUGUAGAGACAUUGUGGCCAACUUGACAGAGCUGGAGUCAGAGGACACCCAGAUCGAUGCUCUGCUCAUCAGGGCGUGUGAGCGGGUCAUCCAGAUGCACUGCCAUGAUGUGACUGAUACCCAGAUGGAUACAGGUGAUCUGAUGGAGUGUCUGGUUCAGAACAAACACCAGAAGGAGAUGAAUGACAAGUGUUUGGUGGGCGUGACUCACUUCCAGCUGAUCCAGAUGAAGGAUUUCCGAUUCUCCUACAAGUUUAAGAUGGCCUGUAAGGAGGAUGUCCUGCGUUUGUGUCCAAACAUCAAAAAGAAGGUGGAUGUGGUGAUCUGCCUCAGCACCACUGUGAGGAAUGACACACUGCAGGAGGCUCAGGAACAGAGGGUGUCCCUGAAAUGUCGGAAGCAGCUGAGAGUGGAGGAGCUGGAGAUGUCAGAGGACAUCCGAUUGGAACCAGAGUUGUAUGAUCCAUGUAAGUCUGACAUCAGUCGUCUGUGUCCGAACGUCAACUUUGGGAAUGCACAGAUGAUUGAGUGCCUGAAGGAGCAGAAGAAAUAUCUGAGCCAGCGUUGUCACCAGAAAGUCUUUAAACUGCAGGAGGCAGAGAUGAGUGACCCAGAGCUGGACUAUCAGCUGAUGAGAGUCUGUAAACAGAUGAUCAAGAGGUUCUGCACUGAAACUGACGCCAGAAACAUCCUGCAGUGUCUGAAACAGAACAAGAACAAUGAGCUCAUGGACCCCAAAUGUAAACAGAUGAUCACCAAGAGGCAGAUCACUCAGAGCACAGACUACAGGUUAAACCCCAUGUUGAGGAAAGCUUGUCGAGCUGACAUCCCAAAGUUCUGUCAGUCGAUCCUGAAUAAGGCAAGUGAGGACAGUGAGUUGGAGGGUCAGGUGAUCGCCUGCCUCAAACUCAAAUAUACAGACCAGAGGUUGUCUCCAGAUUGUGAAGACCAGAUGAGAGUGAUCCUGCAGGAGUCGGCUCUGGACUACAGACUGGACGUCCAGCUGCAGAUGCACUGUUCAGAGGAGAUCUCCAGGUUAUGUGCAGAAGAAGCAGCAGCUCAAGAGCAGACCGGUCAAGUGGAGGAGUGUCUAAAAGUCAACCUACUGAAAAUUCAACCAGAUGCCUGUAAAAAGGAAGUCCUGAACAUGUUAAAGGAGAGUAAAGCAGAUAUUUUCGUGGACCCAGUCCUCCACACAGCAUGUGCUCUGGACCUCAAACACCACUGCGCUGCCAUCGCACCAGGCAGAGGACGACAGAUGUCCUGUCUAAUGGAGGCUUUACAGGACAAGAGAGUUCGUCUGCAGCCCGAGUGUAAGAAAAGACUUCAAGACCGGAUCGACAUGUGGAGCUACGCCGCAAAGGUGGCGCCAGCAGACGGCUUCUCAGACCUGGCCCUGCAGGUGAUGACAUCACCUUCCAAGAACUACAUCCUACUGAUGAUCGCACUGAGCGUGUGCGUGCUCUUCCUGAUGGGGCUGCUGUGUGGGCGCAUCACCAAGCAAGUAACGAGGGAGCUGAAGGACCGGUAGAAAAUGACCUGGAUCAGACUGGACGCCCCCCACCCCCUCCUUUUCCUACCACUCCUCAGCUCAUCUGGCUGAACUGUACGCUGCCGACACAGUCUCCAACUGACAGUCGACCUCUGAGCGUCCACAAACCUGCAUGUGAUUCUAAAUCACAUUUUGGAUCAAAGCAUUUUUCGAUUGUAUUUCGUAUCAGAACAUUUCUCAAUAAUGUUUCUGAUCGGAGCGUUUCCAUUGGAGCAGCUCGAAUGUGAGUGUUUCUGUUUGGAGAGUUUCAUCAGAGCAGUUCUUGAGCACAUGUCUGAUCAGGGCAUUUCCAGUGUUUCCAUCAGUUUAUUGAUCUUGAAUUGGACUGUUUUUUUUUAUUCUCAUCUCUUGGUCAAAGUGAACCUGCUAAAGCUGAGGACAGCGUUCAUGUUACGGACGCUGUUCGUCUCACUGAGGUUCUGCUGAAGUUCUGAUGGUUUCUCCCUUGGUUAUGCUUUUUCUGGGAGGGGGUCAUUUGUAACAGACUGGAGCAUGCAGAACAAACGACAGGAAAUGAUGACUUGAUGCUUAAAUCACACCAGAAGACGUUUUGAAGUUGUGCAAUGGAUCAGUGUGAUCCCAUGAACAUCAAAUGAUCAGCAGCUCAGCUCUGUUUUCAGGAAUAUUCUGUGCACAUUUCCCUUUUGGAAUUUUAUUUACAUACUACUUAAAUCAUUGCACUUUUUCUUUAUUUAUUGUGAUUUUUUGAUUUUUUUUUUUGAAGUCCUUGAGUGACUUUUGAAAGUGGAUAAAGAUUUAGGCUGCAUUUUAUUUGCUGUCAUGUUUUAUCAGUGGCUUACCAUGGGGUUUUAAUCAGGACCUUAAUGGCAUUUUUAGGGGGUCUUCAGUGCCCAUGGUGGUCAAGGGUAGUUAAGGCCAUACUGUGUGCUCGGAAAAAUAAUAUUUUGGUCAGAUUUUUAAUUUCGUUAAGAACAGUUUUAAAUAAUCCCAAAGGCAUCAAUUAGUGAUUUAUGAAGUAUUCAAGGGUGUUUCAGACCAUUAUCAGGGGGGUCAUCAGUGCCCCCUGGUGGUCAAGAAU